AACCAUAGCGGAAGUGUGUGUUGUCGCACGUGGGUAGAAGUUGGAGCGGAUGAUAUGGGGAAGGAGAAGACAAAGAACCAGAAGAAGCUGCGAGUCGCAGCCGUUCACAAUGCAGAGGAAGAAUAUGCCAGCGUUCCUCACUCCUUUGUCUUCCAUCGUGGCCAGGUUGGAAAGAGCUUACAGCAGCUGAUAGAGGAUGUCCGACAGGCGAUGGAGCCAUUCACAGCCUCCUCUCUCAAGGUUCGCAAGAAGAAUAGCCUGAAAGACUUUGUUGCUGUGGCUGGUCCACUAGGAGUGACCCAUUUCCUGAUCUUCACCAAGACAGAAACCAAUGUCAACUUUAAAUUUGUUCGUUUGCCUAGAGGGCCCACACUACAUUUCAGAGUGACCCAGUACUCGUUGGUGAAGGAUGUCAUCUCCGCUCUAAAGCGACAUCGGAUGCACGAGCAACAGUUCGCUCACCCGCCUCUGCUGGUGCUCAAUAACUUUGGCACACAAGGAAUGCAUGUGAAGGUGAUGGCCACCAUGUUCCAGAACAUGUUCCCCUCUAUCAAUGUUCACAAGGUGAACCUGAAUACAAUCCGCAGAUGCAUCCUUAUAAAUUAUAAGGACGACACCCAGACUCUGGACUUCAGACAUUACAGUGUAAAGGUGGUUCCAGUAGGAAUGAGCAAAGGUGUAAAGAAGCUACUGCAGGAGAGGUUCCCUAAUAUGAGUCGCUGGGAGGAUAUCAGUGAGCUGCUGGUCAAAGGUGCCAACCUCUCGGAGAGCGAGGCAGAGCAGGAUGGAGACCACAACAUCACAGAGCUGCCCCAGGCCUAUGCUGGCAGAGGCAACAUGAAGUCCCAGCAGAGUGCCGUGCGUCUGACUGAGAUUGGACCCCGGCUGACAUUGCAGCUGGUUAAGAUCGAAGAAGGCUUGAGUGACGGCAAAGUCCUGUAUCACAGCUUUAUUAAGAAAACAGAGGAGGAGAUCCGGGAAAUGCUGGCACGCAAAGAGAAGAAGCUGAAGCUGAAGAAUGAGCGGAAGCAGAAACAGGAGCAGAAUGUGAAGAAAAAGCAGCAGCAGAAGGAAGAGAACAAGAAUCGCAGUUUGUCCGGUAUGAAGCGGAAGAAGGGUGAAGAUGAUAAUGAGGACAGUGAGGUGGAGGAUCCUGGAAUGUCGGGAGAGCAAAACCCAGCUGACCUGUCAGAAGAUGAUGACGCAGAGUAUUACAGACAGGAGGUUGGGGAGGAGCCAGACCAAGACCUGUUUCUCCACCGCCGCAAAAAGCCCUUUAUGGGUGGGAAGUCUGGACCUCCAAAAAAGAAGUUUAAAGGUUCUAAAGGACCUGCCCAACACCGUCGUGAUUCUGCUUCCCAGGCUGAACCUCGCAAGGCCAAAUUCCCCAUACACCAGAAGUCGAAAUCCCCAAAAGGGCAGUCACCCCGACCUGGCAAAAAGGGACAGAAGUUUCACAAACCUAGGGAGGGGAGAGGAGAACAUAAACAUUCUCCUUCUCAGAGCAAAAAGAAGGCCUUCAAGAAGCAGGCGGCAUUUGGAUCUAAGGGGCCAAGGAUGGGGAAGCACUCAAAAACGAAUGUCAGGCAUAAAGUGGGCGGGCCAAAAGGAAAGGCUUUCAAGCAGAAGAAAAAGUCGCAUUAA